AUGCGCCUGACGCAGAGCAUGUGCACCAUCGCCGAGUGCGCGCCCGGCGGCGACGGCCCCGCCACCGCCCGGCCCCGCCUCGUCAAGAUCGCGGUGGUGGGGGGCAGCGGCGUGGGCAAGACAGCGCUCGUGGUGCGGUUCCUCACCCGGCGGUUCAUCGGAGACUAUGAGCGGAACGCAGGUAAUCUCUACAGCAGGCACAUCCAGGUAGAUGGAGAGAUGUUGGCCAUCCAAGUGCAAGAUACUCCAGGAGUUCAGAUCCAUGAACACAGUCUGGAUUGUAAUGAGCAGCUGAACAGAUGCAUUCGCUGGGCAGAUGCCCUGGUGAUUGUCUUCUCCAUAACUGACUAUAAGAGCUUUGAACUACUCAGUCACCUCUACCAUCAUGUUCGACAGCUGCAUCCAGGGAACAUGGUCCCUGUGGUCAUUGUGGCAAACAAAGCUGAUCUCUUGCAUAUCAAAGAGGUGGAGCCUCAGCAGGGACUUCAGCUGGCCAAUAUGCUGGGCUGUACUUUCUAUGAAGUAUCUGUCAGUGAAAACUAUAACAACGUCUUUAAUGCCUUCCAUCUCCUCUGUAAAGAAGUCAAUAAACAACAAAUAACCAGCACCCCUGAGAGGAGGAGAACCUCUCUUAUUCCACGGCCAAAAUCACCCAACAUGCAGGAUCUGAAGAGAAGGUUUAAGCAAGCUUUGUCUGCCAAAGUGAGGACUGUCACUUCUGUUUGACGGCACAGCCCUUGGUCUACCCAACAGUUAGCCUGAGAUUGAAACCUGGGUUUUUUAACACUGGCAGAUGUAGAAUCCAAGGCAUUGUGCAAGGAGGAUGGUUUGAGUAGCCUUUUUAAUGGUAGAAGUCUUUACGCAGUUGCUUAAAAAAGGAACAGUAUCAGAUUAGAAAAGGAGGAAACAAAAACCAACUAAAACCUCCUGAAAAAGUUCUAGGAUGUGACUUGCUGAACAGGUAUUUUCAUUUGGAAAGUGAACGUUUCAGUAAAUGAAAUAAUUUGCCUUUUUCCCAGCUGGACAGAUUUGGCUUUCAUUUGUGCAGAAACAACCUUUUUGCUGUAACUCCACUUGAGCAGGAAAAUGCCCUGAACUGCAGGUCCCUGUUCAGAAGUAACCACUUGAGUUUUGUUCUCACAUGGAUGAAGAACAGCAUGAUGCAACUGUUUAAUUUUAUUGCACAGUAGAACUGUUUUUUUUGGUGUGUAUUUCAUAACAAAUAAGCAAACAUCAAACGGUUCUGUAAAAAUAAGUGUAAAAUAAGUGGACAGGACUGAGCAUCAAGACUGUAAACAAUGGUCCUUUAUUUUUUACUAGCCAUGUUAUUGCUGACAACUUGACCAUGAUCUUUGUAUGCAAAGCUAUUGUCCACAGGGUGUAAACGUAUCUAAUUACAAACAACUCUUUUACUGUCUUAAAAAAGUACUUUCCAGACUAAAUGAUCCAACAUGGAGCUUCUGAGGAAUGUGUGUGGAGUGAUAAUCUAUUACAGAUGCCAUUUUAAGACAUGCUUUUUUCUCUCUCUCUCUCCUUUGUUCGGUAGGCACAAAAGAGCAAAAGGUGUGAAGCAUGGCUGGCUCCAGGCAAUGAAGCUGAUGGCUUGUUCUGAGCUGAGCCAGGCCCUCUUCGUUCUUAAACAAAUGGCAGAUUUAUAUAAAUACUUAACUUUUUAAAAAAUAUUGAGCCAAUGGAGUUUAGAGCCUAAGGGCCUUAUACACAUGCACUUUAAAAAGCCAGUUGUGCUUUUGUUUAAACUGUAACUUAUUUAUUUUGUGUACAGUUUCUCCUCCUAGGGAGUGGGCUUUUCAUUCUUACUGCCUGGUACAACAUUAAAUUUUUUGAAUUGCA